AUGAAGGGACUCCUAAUUUUAUUGAUCUUAUUAUUUUCGGAGGCCUUUUCCUAUCAUUUCCGGCGAUUGUACCCCGAAUUGACUAGUAAGUUGGGUAAUUUUCAAGAUUUUUUGGGAGUAAAUGUUGUAUUUUGUUGAGUGACAGCUUUUUGUGACAAAAUAAGGGCGUUAUUUUAUGGUUUAUGACGAUUUUUUACAAGAAAUUUUAAUUUGCCGAAGGAAAAUUUGAAAAAUCUCAAAAAACAGGUCUAAAAUUUUAUUUUAAGCGUCAAAAAUAGUAUCUACAAGUGUUUGAAGGCUUGAAAAAUCAUAUUUCAUUGAUUUUAUUUCCACUGCCUAAGGGGAUUUUCCAUUUUUCAGCGAAAAAUCCCAGAUCUCCCCGCAAAAUGACUAAAACAGGGAAAAAUCUCUAAAAACUCAAUUUUUUACUCGAUUUCAUGCCGAAUUUAGAGAUUUCCUAUAAAUUCACAGCUUCUCACAUAGUCCUAGACUCCAGUUUCAUCAAAAAUUUGCUGAUUUCCCACCGAUUUUCACCUUACUUUAGCUCUUCUCCAAAGUGAUGUAAGUGGCAAUGGUGACGGCCUCUCGCGCGCUCAACGCAAACUUUUGUUGGUCCUGGUGAACAACGAUGAGGGUGAGGAGUCGCGGUAUUAUGAGGCGAUCCGCGAUCACAAAGUGGCCAAGCGAUUCGAGGACGUUUUUGAGACCGCGUUGGGGGACUCGGACCUGGACGAAAACAUGAAAAAGUACUUGUUGGAGGUGAGCGGUAUAAAAAUUCUUGUGCUUUAUAGUUAAUAGAGAUCAUGUAGAAGCUAAUUGAACUAUUUGUUUCCUUUACACCCUGAGGGUUUUUACUUUAUAACCUGUUUUUUACAACAUUCUAAAAAUGAUGACUGUUUGAGAAAAAUUGUAAUUUUCUUAAAAAGUAGCGAAAAUUGACCGCUGAAAAUUCUUUGGCAAACAGAUAAGGCUUUAAAAAAUCUAGUUAGUUACAAUUUUCGGUAGUCUGUUACAGUAAUCCACAAAAAAUUUUGGUUUUUUGGUAAAAUGUCAUCAAAAAACGAAAUUUUGAUUUUUAAGGUAAAAUAAAUCAAUGUUAGCAGAGUGAGGCAGACUUUUUCUAUAGUAAAUAUAAUUCUUUUCAAUACUAUACAUCUAAGGUCUUACUGUAAUUUACGAAACCCCAAAAAUUUCAACUUUUUUCACCUUAUGUUAGCCUAAAAUUGAUCCUAAUCAAAUUUUCGUAAUUUCACAGAUCCAAAAGAGUCUCCACCAACUCUACAGUGUCUCGCGACAUCCCACGAACAUUGACCGACAGUUGGUUCAUACCUGUUUGGCCAAAAUUUGGGACAAAUACGAUCAUUUGAGCUCGAAUCAAAAGGCCCUCAUCCGGAAAAAGGCCCCGGAAUUCCUUCAGCUGAACACCGACGGCGACAGCUGGCUCUCCAGACGUUCUCCGGCCCAAAUCUACGAUGAGGCGCACAAAUUCAACAACGCCAAUGCGUUAUUUCUCGGAAAUUUUGGAGCUUUUAUAUUACUCAUCUUAUCCAUGGGGUAG